CGCCGAGCUGAAACGAUUCACAGGGACGGAGCCGCAAAGGAGGAGGGCAAGACUCCCGCAUCAUCUCGCCCGCUCUUUCGCUCACCAGCACCGCGGUAUAACGAGAGCAUCUGCGUUUUGACCCUGUAACAGUUUUAACAUGUGUCGAUUCGCUGUUUUGUGAACAGUGCGCGUUCGUUGGAUGCGGGCGCGGGGAUAAGCAGAAGACGAUGAUUUUGUCGGGUCUCCUCUUCCCCGCGUUAUGGGGACUGACGCUCGGCGGAUCUCCAAGCGUCCAAAUCGGUGGCCUGUUCCCCAGAGGAGCAGAUCAAGAGUACAGCGCGUUUCGGAUCGGAAUGGUUCAGUUCGGCACGAGCGAAUUCCGCCUCACUCCUCACAUUGAUAACCUGGAGGUGGCUAACAGCUUCGCCAUUACAAAUUGCUUUUGCUCACAGUUUUCUAGAGGAGUGUAUGCCAUCUUUGGCUUCUACGAUAAGAAGUCAGUGAACACCAUCACGUCGUUCUGCGAGACGCUGCACGUGUCCUUCAUCACGCCCAGUUUUCCAGCUGAUGGACUUAACCAGUUUGUUCUGCAGAUGAGGCCUGAUAUCAAAGGGCCUCUCAUCAGUCUGGUGGAGUAUUACAAGUGGGAGAAGUUUGCCUAUCUGUAUGACAGCGACAGAGGUCUGUCGACCCUCCAGGCCGUCUUGGACACAGCGGCAGAGAGGAAAUGGCAGGUAACAGCCAUAAACGUCGGAAACCUGAAGGAUGAGUGGAAGGACGAGGCAUAUCGUUCCCUCUUUCAGGACCUGGAGAACAAGAAAGAGAGGAGAGUCAUUUUAGACUGUGAACAGGACAAAGUCAAGGACAUUAUGGAGCAGGUGAUUACGAUCGGUCGACAUGUGAAAGGAUAUCAUUACAUCAUUGCGAAUUUUGGCUUUGUGGAUGGAGAUUUGUCCAAGAUUCAGUAUGGAGGAGCGAAUGUAUCUGGAUUUCAGAUAGUGGACUUUGAUGACCCGCUUGUAGCUAAAUUUGACCAGCGCUGGGAGGCACUGGAGGAGAAGGAGUACCCUGGAGCAGACAGCAGAAUCAGGUACACUUCUGCUCUCACAUACGACGCUGUGCAAGUAAUGACCGAGGCAUUCCGCUUUCUGCAUAAACAAAGGAUUGAUAUCAGUCGCCGUGGCAACAACGGAGACUGCCUGGCCAAUCCUGCGGUGCCGUGGGCUCAGGGGGUGGAGAUAGAGCGUGCUCUCAAACAGGUGCGUGUGGAUGGAUUGACAGGAAAUAUUCAAUUCGAUCAGUAUGGCAGACGAGUGAAUUACACAGUCAAUGUCAUGGAGCUGAAAAACAGUGGCCCUGUGAAGAUUGGUUACUGGAAUGAGAUGGACAAAAUGGCCGUGACAAAAUCUGACCUUUUCCCCAACGAUACCAUGGGAAUGGAGAAUAAAACAGUUGUUGUGACAACAAUCCUGGAGGCACCGUAUGUAAUGCUGAAAAAGAAUGCAGAGUUAUUCACCGAUAAUGAACGAUAUGAGGGAUACUGUGUGGACCUGGCCGCCGAGAUUGCAAAGCAUUGUGGGUUUAAGUAUCAGCUGAGGAUUGUGGCAGACGGAAAAUACGGCGCACGAGAUGCUGAGACCAAAAUCUGGAAUGGAAUGGUUGGAGAACUGGUUUACGGGAAAGCAGACAUAGCUGUAGCUCCUCUUACCAUCACUCUGGUUAGAGAGGAGGUGAUAGACUUCUCGAAACCUUUCAUGAGUCUGGGCAUAUCCAUUAUGAUCAAGAAACCACAGAAAUCCAAGCCGGGUGUCUUCUCUUUCCUGGACCCGUUGGCCUACGAGAUCUGGAUGUGCAUUGUAUUCGCCUACAUCGGAGUUAGCGUCGUGCUCUUCCUUGUUAGCCGCUUCAGCCCUUACGAGUGGCACACUGAGGAGUUUGAGGAUGGGCAGCUGGGCCCUAGCGAAUCUACGAACGAAUUUGGAAUCUUUAAUAGUCUGUGGUUUUCUCUGGGCGCUUUUAUGCAGCAGGGAUGCGAUAUUUCACCAAGGUCGUUGUCUGGCCGUAUAGUUGGUGGUGUGUGGUGGUUUUUCACCCUCAUCAUCAUCUCCUCCUACACGGCUAACUUGGCUGCCUUUCUCACUGUGGAGAGGAUGGUGUCACCUAUCGAGAGUGCUGAAGACCUGGCCAAGCAGACUGAGAUUGCAUAUGGGACAUUGGAUGCAGGCUCCACCAAAGAGUUCUUUAGGAGAUCUAAGAUUGCUCUCUUUGACAAGAUGUGGCAGUACAUGAAGAGUGCAGAGCCAUCUGUGUUUGUUAAAAACACGGUGGAAGGCGUUUUGCGUGUCCGAAAAUCCAAAGGCAAAUAUGCUUACCUUCUGGAGUCCACUAUGAACGAAUACAUCGAGCAACGCAAGCCCUGUGACACCAUGAAGGUCGGAGGGAACCUUGACUCUAAAGGCUACGGCAUCGCUACACCCAAGGGAUCUGCUUUAAGAAAUGCGGUAAACCUUGCAGUGCUAAAACUGAACGAGCAGGGGCUUCUGGAUAAAUUGAAAAACAAAUGGUGGUACGACAAAGGAGAGUGCGGCAGCGGAGGCGGGGAGUCAAAGGAGAAGACUAGCGCCCUCAGCCUGAGUAAUGUUGCGGGGGUCUUCUACAUCCUGGUGGGUGGCCUCGGGUUGGCCAUGCUGGUCGCUCUGGUGGAGUUCUGCUACAAGUCUCGCGCGGAGGCCAAACGCAUGAAGGUUGCCAAGACUCAGACCCUAAAUCCCUCCUCUUCCUCGCAGAAUUCUCAGAAUUUUGCUACUUAUAAGGAAGGGUACAACAUGACGUUCACAGAUGCUAUGCGCAGUAAGGCCAGGUUGUCUAUAACGGGCAGUACAGGAGAGAACGGGCGAGUGCUGACUCCAGACUUCUCUAAAGCCGUCCAUGCUGUGCCGUACCUGAGACCUGGCAUAGCAAUGCCUGUGAGUGUGAGCGAGCUGUCCUGAGUGCCUUACACACACACACACACACACACACACACACUGGUGCAAGCAUGCUGUACCUACUUUAAUACAUAUCCAAACAUGUGUACAUAUUCUUACACACACUGACACUAUAUAUACAGACAUAAUAAUAGUUAAUUAUUCCACCUACACACAGGAUGUCAGAUCCAUACAUGCAUAGACAUGUUAUCACAUAUGUUUACUGUUCAGUGCAAUCAUAUUUUGACCAGCGUUGAUGUAUACAACCACCAUCUGCAAAAAAAAAAAAAAAAAAAAAUGCUGACAAACACAAAGUAUACAGGCACAAUGCUGUGUGUACAUAUGCAGAUAACUUCACAAACCUUGUGCAGCCACAGUCUUAUAAUGUUCCUUGUUGUGUGCAUUUUACAUCACUGCCUUUCCAAGUUCUCGUUUUGUCACACUUGAAUACGCACAUAUAAAAUGACCUCAUUUUGCUCAUGUAUUCACACACUCGCCCCACUUCGGUUUUCGUGGAUGUUUUACACAACGUAAAGUGAUGAGGAACAAUGUGCCACAUUGAAAAUAAUUCCAAUGGGAAAAUCUCCACACCUGUUUCCAUAGCAACCUGUUUUUGGAAUCUCUGAUUCUCAAGAACUCAAGCACACGAAACAUCUGCAUCAAAUGUGAUUUUGUUUACGCAAACUAUGACAUAUAUAUAUUAAAAAAAGUUUGUCUAGAAUAAUUUCUUAUUAUAUGAGAUAUGUAUAAUAAAUGAUGUAUAUAAUUACACUUUUGUUCAUUUGAUGUUAAUGUUACCAUGCAAAUGCUUGACUUAAAGAAAACUGAAUCUAAAUGAUUUGAGUAGGUCUGUUUCUCCUCCUCACUGGUUUGAUUUGUUGUGAUGUUCAUUUUUGGGAUUUUGGAUCACUGUGUUCGGAUCUGUUUUUUUCUUGCUUAUGGGCGAUGCAAGCUGUAGUUUUAUAAGUCUUUUAAUUAAAAAAAGAAAAUAUUUAAGAAUAUUUUACCUUCUGCAUUACACAAUUUAAAUGGUAUAUUGAAAGUGUUAUAUUGAUUAAGAUGGAUAUAUAUAUAUAUAUAUAUAUAUAUAUAUAUAUAUAUAUAUAUAUAUAUAUAUAAAAUACCCCAAAAUGCCAAAUAUUGAUAUGUGCCAAAUUAUGUCAAGGCAUUUCAGAUGCAUUUAUUAAAAUUGUCUCUGUUUGGGAAAGUGUUGAGAUUGAAAAUUAGUACCCUAUAAUCAGAAGUUUGUUAUUUAUGUCAUAUUUGGCUUUUUUGUUUUGUUUUGUUUUUUCAUAUCAAAUGCAUUGUACUUUUAUUAAGAUGCACUACGAUAUGCAGUUUUAACUGUGAAAAGCAUGACAACCUUUCUUUACGUUUGUUUUAUAAAAGCGAUGAUUUUAUCGCUAAUACUAGUUAACUAGGACUUUAAUUUAUGUAGUCCAGUUUUGAUCUGAAGACUAAGAGAUAGAGAUGAUUAUUACAGAUAGUUAUAUUGAUAAAGUGUAAGCUGAUCACCGUUUUCUAUGACAUGACGUGUAACUGAAAUCCUGCUCAUUAGUUUUGUAUGUAUAUGUACUGGACAUGUAAAUAGAAACCGUUUGAGUGUAUAACUAAAAAUCUUAGUUGAUACACCAGCUUGCACACAAGAGGAUUGCUUAUAUUGUGCAUUUGGGAGCACGUUUGGGAACCUAUGACCAUCAUACCAAGCUGUCUCUCACGUACUGACACACAAAGGGACCUGUCAUCACUAUCUUCAUUUCAGUUAUAUGUCUGCCAUAGGAUGAAAUGGAGGAUGUUUUUCUUAAUGGAAUGUGGACUGAUUGCUUUAUUUUUUGGAAUCUUUUGGAAUAAACAGAGACUCAGAAUCCACUGUUAUUUUUCGUUUUAUUCUGUUUCAUGGGAAGGAGAAAUGUGCCAUUUAGACACAUCUUGUGUCUAAAAAUUAACACACAGCAAAUGAUAAUGUUGAAACAGUUUGUCUAUCAUGCCUAUUUAGUUUUUUUUUUUUUUUUACAGACCAUAUGGAUUUGCCAUAUUACAUUAAGCUACCAAAACGUAACUGUGAGCAACAAAAACUGUCGUCAUGUUUUUUUAUUUUGACGGGUGCAGCUCAACAGAAAGACCUGGACUGAUAUAUAAAGAAGCUAAAUAAUUCCAUUUGGACUAAAUGUAUUUUGAAUAAAAAUGUAAAAUACUAAAUAAAAUGUAAAUAAUUUAAAAUA